AUGGUGAAGAUUGCUCAGCAGAUUGACAUUGGGAUUUUCGCAUACGCGUUACGGAGCCAAGACAAUGACGACUGCUACAGAGCCGUCCGCAGACAUGCCCUGGAAUGCCUCCAGGGAGAUGGACGCUUGGAUAUCAACUUGUCUGACACCAGUCUUGUGCGAUUAUUGGCUCCCUUCAGGCCUUCUCCGCCCUGUCCGCCUCGUGCAGAACUCGCUGAACGGGCAGCCCAACGAAAGGAAGAGGAUGCAAGUCCCUUCCGUCUCAACAUUGUCAUCCAAGUUGUAGGGUCUCGUGGAGACAUCCAACCAUUUAUUGCGGUUGGCAAAUCCUUGAAGCAGUACGGUCAUCGCGUCCGACUGGCGACACAUUUGACAUUUAGAAAUUCGGUCAUGGAGAAUGGACUAGAAUUCUUCGAUAUUGGAGGACAUCCAGCAGAAUUAAUGGCCUUCAUGGUGAAGAACACGGGACUGCUACCUGAAUUUAAGACGAUUCGAAGCCGAGCUAUCCACCGACACCGACGCGACAUGGAUGACAUUAUCCAUGGCUGCUGGCGCUCAUGCUCCGAGACUGGAGAUGGAACGCAACUGCACCAGAUUCCGGAUGAUUCCGUGCAUGGUAUCGUCGGUUGCCGACAACGGCCAUUUGUGGCGGAUGCAAUUAUUGCAAAUCCCCCGAGCUUCGCUCAUAUUCAUUGUGCGGAAAAGCUUGGGAUCCCUCUCACCAUAAUGUUUACGAUGCCAUGGUCACCUACCCAAGCUUUCCCACACCCGCUAGCCAAUAUCAGACGAUAUAAGACGAAACCAACGGUGGCCAAUGCUGCGUCCUAUGCCAUUGUAGACAUGAUCCACUGGCAGGGCCUCGGCGACAUUAUCAACAGAUUCCGCAGAAAAACCCUCAAAUUGGACAUUCUGGAUGCCGCUCAAGCUCAAGGCAUCGUUCAUCGGUUGAAUAUUCCGCACGCUUAUCUCUGGUCUCCUGCAUUACUUAGCAAACCAGAGGAUUGGUCCGACAAUAUCGACGUCUGCGGGUUUACCUUUCUCUCCUCUACAACCGACUACACCCCCCAGAUGAUCUUGCUGCCUUUCUACGGGCGGGCCCGCCCCCAAUCUAUUCAAAUUAUCCGCGGCGCCGUUCAAAAAACUGGCCAGCGUGCGAUUAUCUCUAAAGGCUGGAGUGGGCUAGGAGCGGAUAGUGUGGAUAUUCAAGAAGGGAAUAAUUUCCUCUUGGGCAACUGUCCUCAUGACUGGCUGUUCCAGCAUGUUUCCUGUGUGGUGCACCACGGCGGUGCUGGGACAACCGCAACUGGUCUCAAAUUUGGGUGUCCGACAGUCAUUAUUCCAUUCUUUGGUGAUCAGCCUUUCUGGGGGGCCAUGGUCGCCCGAGACGGAGUUGGCCCGUCUCCAAUUCCUUAUAAAGACCUCACUGUGGACAAACUGGCGGACGCUAUCUUGGAGGCUUUGAGCCCAUCACCAAAGCAGAAAGCCCACGAAAUCAGUAAGAUCAUCCAAGGCGAAUCAGGUGUUGAGAACGCUGUCUCCAGUUUCCACAGGCAUUUGCACUAUGAGCGAAUGAGGUGUGCUCUAUGCCCGUCUCGUCCGGCUGUGUGGUGGCUGAAGGAUUCCAAACUCGCCCUGAGUGCCUUUGCAGCGACUGUGUUGGUUGAAGCUGGAUUACUCGAUCUGCAUGGUAUCAAGCUGAGACCUAGGUACCGUUCUGAAGAAUACGACACUAGCAGAGAUCCACAGAAUCCGCUCAGUGCGGGAUCACAGGCACUAUUUGGCAGCAUGACCAAGUUUAUGAUUGACGUGGGAGACACGGCCUCGGAGAUUUUUGACUUGGUCUCGGGCAGACGGUGCUACGCAUAUUUUCGCGGAAAGCGUCAGAGAGAGCCAGGUGACCGUCUUCAAAGACAUGAGUCGACUUCCGUCGAAGAACGUGCUGGGACUCCCACUGUGCUGAGGGAUGACUGGGAUACAGUGAGACGAGGGUCAUUUAGUGCGCGAUCCAAAAGGAAAGGCAGGAAAAGGUAUGCUGCGGCCUUUGAGAAUUUCCUGCCAACAACAGCGGCUCAUGCAAGUCGUUUGGCGCGAGGGACCCUGGAUAUAAUCAUCAUACCCCCCAUGGAAAUCAGUCUUACCUUGUCCAAAGGUUUUCGCAAUGCGCCCUUAUUAUUUCACGACGAUACUGUGAGGGAUCGCCCGAGGGUAAUUGGGAUUCACAGUGGAUUGCGAGCUGCGGGAAAUGAGUUUAUAUUCGGCAUUUACGACGGUAUCAGCGGGCUGAUCACACAACCUCGCAGUGGCCUAAAGAAGGCCGGAGCUAAAGGCCUCAUUGGAGGAGUUGAAAAAGGGGCUGCAGGUGUUAUGCUCAAACCAUUAGCAGGACUGUUUGGAUUAGCAGCAUACCCUUUGACCGGUCUUCACAAGCAUCUGCGGGAUUCCUUAUCCGAGGGGAAGCAGAGGCACAUUCAGCGCUCACGAAUUGCUCAGGGGAUUGAGGAAUUCCAAACUUCAUCCUCUGACGAACGGGCGGAUGUCAUCAGACAAUGGCGUGCUUGA